CAGUUUUAUUUCGACCGUUGAGGCGAUUGCAUGUUGAGCAUUGUGAAAAGAUAUUGAUUGAAUGAUUCGAUGAGUGUUAAAAUUUCUCAUUCUGCCAACGUGAUAAUAUAUAGAAGACGCUGUGGAGCUGCAAAGAGAGAAAACACUCGAAUUCCUGCGAAUUUUGACAUUCGUUCUAUUAUUUUUAAUCAUAUCCCUAUAUCUAUAUCGUUUUGCAUUUUAAAUUAAUAAAGAUUAAGGUACGAAACUAAGUGAGAGAGGGAGAGAGGCAUAGAGUUAUUUUUUUGGCCUCAGCCUCAGAGAACAUGCCCAAAUUACCAGCAAUUGGCAUUGAUCUUGGUACAACAUAUUCGUGUGUCGGGGUCUUUCAGCAUGGCAAAGUUGAGAUCAUUGCCAAUGAUCAGGGCAAUCGCACCACGCCCAGUUAUGUCGCCUUUACGGAGUCGGAGCGUCUCAUUGGCGAUGCGGCCAAAAAUCAAGUGGCCAUGAAUCCAAACAACACAAUUUUCGAUGCGAAGCGAUUGAUUGGACGUAAAUUCGAUGAUGCGACGGUGCAAAGUGACCUCAAGCAUUGGCCCUUUGAGGUCAUCUCGGAGAAUGGGAAGCCGCGCAUCAGGGUCGAGUACAUGGGUGAGAAGAAGAGCUUCUAUCCGGAGGAGGUCUCCUCCAUGGUGCUCACCAAAAUGAAGGAGACAGCCGAGGCAUAUCUGGGAGGGACAGUCACCAAUGCUGUGGUCACCGUGCCAGCCUACUUCAAUGACUCACAGCGUCAGGCGACCAAGGAUGCGGGCACCAUAGCUGGACUCAAUGUUCUGCGCAUCAUCAAUGAACCGACGGCGGCAGCGAUUGCCUACGGUCUGGAUAAGCUGGGCAAAUCCGGGGAGCGAAAUGUGCUCAUCUUUGAUCUGGGCGGUGGCACCUUUGACGUCUCCAUUCUCACCAUUGAGGAUGGUAUCUUUGAGGUGAAGGCCACGGCGGGGGAUACGCAUCUUGGUGGCGAGGACAUUGACAAUCGCAUGGUCAAUCAUUUUGUGCAGGAGUUUCAGCGCAAGCACAAGCGUGAUCUUGGCCAGAAUAAACGUGCCGUGCGACGUCUUCGCACUGCCUGUGAGCGGGCCAAGCGUACUCUCUCCUCGUCCACACAGGCCAGCAUCGAGAUUGACUCCCUCUUCGAGGGCAUUGACUUUUAUACGUCCGUGACGCGUGCUCGAUUCGAGGAGCUCAAUGGCGAUCUAUUUCGAGGCACCAUGGAGCCGGUGGCGAAGGCGUUGCGUGAUGCCAAAAUGGAUAAAGGGCAGAUCCAUGAUAUUGUCCUAGUCGGCGGCUCUACGAGAAUACCCAAGGUGCAGCGUCUGCUGCAGGACUUCUUCAAUGGCAAGGAACUGAACAAAUCCAUCAAUCCCGAUGAGGCGGUCGCCUAUGGUGCGGCAGUUCAGGCAGCCAUCCUACAUGGCGACACCUCGGAGGCUGUGCAGGAUCUGCUUCUACUGGACGUAACUCCGCUGUCGCUUGGCAUUGAGACGGCUGGCGGUGUGAUGACGUCGCUUAUCAAGCGUAACUCCACGAUACCCACAAAGCAGACGCAGAUCUUCACCACGUAUGCGGACAAUCAGCCGGGAGUUCUCAUCCAGGUGUUUGAAGGUGAACGCGCCAUGACCAAGGACAACAAUAUUCUGGGCAAAUUUGAGCUGACUGCCAUACCGCCAGCACCACGUGGCGUGCCCCAAAUUGAGGUGACCUUUGACAUCGAUGCCAAUGGGAUUUUGAACGUGAGUGCGGCCGAGAAGUCGACGGGAAAGGCAAACAGGAUAACGAUCACCAAUGAUAAGGGACGUCUGUCCAAGGAGGACAUCGAACGGAUGGUCAACGAUGCCGAGUCCUAUCGCCAGGCGGAUGAGCAGCAACGUCAACGGAUCGAGGCGAAAAACCAAUUGGAAUCGUAUUGCUUUAACAUGAGAUCCACCCUCGAGGAUGAGCAACUGCGCAGUCGCAUCAGCGAUUCCGACCGGGAGACAAUCCAGCAAAAGGUCAAUGAGACCAUCAGUUGGCUGGACGCCAAUCAGCUUGCCGAUCAGCAGGAGUUCGAGCACAAACAGCAGGAGCUGGAACGUAUCUGUAAUCCCAUCAUGGCUAGACUCUAUCAAAACUCUGGCAUGCCUCCUCCGUCCUCGGACCCACAGAAUUCGAACGGUGGCCCCAGUGCCGGCGGUGUUGGUGGCCCAACCAUCGAGGAGGUCGACUAAAGUCUCUCCUAAUUUUGUUAAACCCCACCCAAAUUAUUGCGUUAUUGAUUAUAAUAAAGUAAGCAAAUCUU